UCCGUCUCCAGGUUAGAUGUAGCCUCAGAACUGAUGUCAUUACAUAUUGGUGAUAAAAUAUUAGAGGUCAAUGGAACUCCAGUUCGAGAUGCACCUCUGGAAAAUAUUGAGAAUUUAAUCAGAUAUUCUGAUACAGUGUUGCAACUAACUAUAGAACACGAUCCAGAAUCUCUUACUAGACGCCCUUCAUAUACUUGUCCAGUAAUAAACAAAACUACCUUAUUAGAAAACAGUAAUUCUGAAAAAUUGAAAGCACUUGAUAGCCCAAAAAGUAAAGAACGAUUGUUUAGAAGACGAGAUGAGGGUUACAAUACUUACUCAAGGAGUAGGCAAAUUCGUAGAAGGCAUGCUGUCGAUAAUACUACUAAAAAGAAAUCUGCAGGAGGGUUAACUGAAAAAGAAAGAAGUAGUAGUAUGUCAAGAUUAUUAGACGGAUCACCAUCUACAAGUGAUGGCUUGGAUUUGUCAAGAACGCGGUCGUUUCGGGUGGAGCCUAAAACACAACGUGUGUUUAGAGGCAGUGAUUUGGUGCAAGGUGAAUUACUUGGUCGGGGUUUUUUUGGCCAAGUAUUUAAAGUUACCCAUAAAGUGACUCAGGAAGUUAUGGUUCUCAAAGAGCUUUAUCGAGUUGAUGAAGAAGCCCAGAGAAACUUUCUUAAAGAGGUUGCUGUGUUGAGAUCUCUAGAUCAUGUAAAUGUUUUAAGAUUUAUGGGUGUCUUAUAUCGGGAUAAAAGACUGCAUUUAGUGACAGAGUAUGUACCUGGUGGAACUUUGCAACAGUUGUUACAUGAUUCAACAACAGUUUUAUCUUGGGAGCAGAAGGUUACUUUAGCAAAAGACAUAUCUAGUGGAAUGUCAUACCUACAUGCCCAGAAUAUUAUUCAUAGAGAUUUAAACAGUCACAACUGUCUUGUAAGAGAGGAUAAAACUGUUAUAGUAGCUGACUUUGGAUUGGCUAGAAUUGUGUCUCAGGCUCAUUCGAAUUCAAUGACAAGAACUUCUUUAUCACCAAAUGCAAAUGGCUCAAUUUCAAGAAGGCCAAGAAGAGAAAGAUAUACCAUUGUUGGAAAUCCUUACUGGAUGGCACCAGAAAUGAUGAAAGGCAAUAAAUAUGAUGAAAAAGUGGACAUUUUUUCUUUUGGAAUUGUCCUUUGUGAGAUCAUUGGACGAGUUCAAGCUGAUCCAGAUUAUUUACCUCGUUCUGCAGAUUUUGGAUUAAAUCAAACUGUUUUCAAAGAUAAGUUUUGCUCUACUUGUCCAAUACCAUUUUAUAAGAUUGCAUUUUUGUGCUGUGAUUUAAAUCCUGAUAAGAGGCCACCAUUUGAGGUUCUAGAGGUGUGGUUGGAAGGUAUGUCAAUGCAUUUAGCGGUUGGUUCUGAAAUUUCAGAAAGCCUUUUAUUCGAUGUUGAGCAUUAUAAAAGUCAGUGUAGCACUCCACAAAGCGGUUCUCAAAGUCCUGAAUCAGGAACCCAAUCACCUGGUGGUGGAAAAUUGCCCCAUAGCUCCAGUAAGGAAAAAUUAUUACAAGCAAAAAGGGAAGCUAUGAAGAGUAGAGAUAGUACCAUGGAGAGAGAUGAAGUUUUUGAAGAUAACAAAAUCUCAAUUGAUAUAAAAGAUCCUGAAAACAAACAAGACAAUCUUAUUAAAGAAAAUAUAAAAUCAAAGAAUUCAGGAGGGAAGCAAUAUAAUUUAGUAUCUGAUUCAAGUUCUUCAGAAAAAAAUGGCAAUCCAGUAAAUUCAUCCAGACAAGCAAAUAAAACAGAAAAUCCUAAACAACAAAAUAACACUCUUUCAUCGGAUUUAGAUAAAAAAUUACAUUUCAAAGUAAGUAAAGAUAAUUCUAAACCUAGUACAUUUUUAGAUAACUCUAGUUUUCCAAAAGUUUCCUUAAAAAAACACAUUUUUGAUUCUGAUUCAAAUAAGGAUAGUAAAGUCAAGCUUAACAGAAGUAAACCAGUAAACUUGUUACAUGACUUUAAUAAAGCAAAAGAUCAUCAUAAAACACUAGAAAAAUCUGAAAUAUUAGAUGAUAAUAGUAUUAAACUUACAUUCCCUAAACACCCUAGUUAUAAAACUGGUUCUACAUCAAAAGGAAAGUAUGUUAAUUUGGCAAAUAUUAUGCAAGACAAUAAUAUUAGGGAAAAUGAUUCUUGUUCGAGUUUUUCAAAUUUGGGCAAAAAUUUGAAUUCUAAUAGAAAUUCAAGAGUAUUAGAAAGUACAGCCUUAUAGUUGUUUUAAAUAUCGGAUAAUAAUUUUAUUUUAUUUUUUUCAAAUGUAAAUUCAGGCUGCAAUAACGAUUUCAG